AUGCCAUUGAACAAGCUGGGAUCAUUCAUAAAGGAGAUUAAACUGCGCCUUUGCCAAAAAGAAACACCUGCCCUCCAGUUUACAUGGACAACAAUCCAAUUCCCAACGGACAAGCUGCAUGAAGGUUGUAAGGACGAGACCUUCGUGAGGCUAACCCUGAAUCAGCACUGGAACACAGUGAAGGUGAAAAGGACCAGCGUCGUCCGGAGCUCCACGGAUCCGCAAUAUUCUCAAGGCUUCAACUUCAGGGUGUCUACAGCCAAUGUCGACGUGACCAGCCUCUCCCUCCAAGUCCUCCAGCCCCCAAUUGGCUAUGGCAAGGGUGAGUAG